UCUGACUCACUUUGGUGUUACGCUGACGGAAUAUGUUUGGCAAAAUCGACGCAUCAUCCGAACCGCCUUUCUCUCUCUUUUGCCUUCACUCUCUUCUCCUCCUCCUCUUCCUCCUGUCGACGUCUUAAACUCCACAACUUUAGGCACGAUCUCUGCUUCAGCUGCACGAAUAACACCGCAACACUGCACAGAUUGCGCACAGACUUUCCCUGGGAUUUUCUUCAUUUUCACCACGACCUCCCUCUGCUGUCACUAUGAGCGCCUGUAGCAGGAAGGCCCUCACUUUGCUGAGCAGUGUCUUUGCAAUCAGCGGCCUGGGGCUGCUGGGAGUGGCGGUAAGCACGGACUACUGGCUGUACCUGGAGGAGGGCGUCAUCAUGCCACUCAAUCAGAGCGCCGACAUCAAGACCUCACUGCACUCCGGCCUGUGGAGGGUCUGCUUCCUGGCUGGUGAGGAGUCGGGUCGCUGCUUCACCAUCGAAUACAUUAUGCCCAUGAAUGUCCAGCUGACCUCAGAGUCCACUGUUAAUGUGCUCAAGAUGAUCCGCUCGGCCACCCCCUUCCCACUGGUCAGCCUGUUCUUCAUGUUCAUCGGCUUCAUCCUCAGCAACAUCGGACACAUUCGUCCACAUCGCACCAUCCUGGCUUUUGUCUCUGGAAUCUUCUUCAUCCUAUCAGGGCUGGCUCUGGUGGUGGGUUUGGUGCUCUACAUCUCCAGUAUAAAUGAUGAAGUGUUGAACAGAACUAAGAGCAACGAGGCCUAUUUUACCUAUAAGUACGGCUGGUCUUUCGCUUUUGCUGCUAUCUCCUUCCUGCUCACUGAGAGUGCAGGCGUCAUGUCUGUCUAUCUGUUCAUGAAGCGUUACACAGCGGAGGAGAUCUACCAACCUCGCCACCCGAGCUUCUACCGACCUCGUCUCAGCAACUGCUCAGACCACUCGGGUCAGUUCCUCCACCCGGAGGCCUGGUCACGUGGACGCAGUCCUUCUGACAUCUCCAGUGAGGCUUCGCUCCAGAUGAGUGCCAGUUACCCUGCCCUCCUCAAAUGCCCCGAAUACGACCAGGUCUCAUCUUCUCCAUGCUGAGGGUUCAGUUACCAAACCCACUCAAACAUUAUUAAAGGACCACACAGGUCAAAAAGCCACAGAAAGAAAUAGUUUUCUUUCUGGAAGAAGACAUGGAUGUUUAGUUGGAAGUUUGUGUUUUUUUUCUUGGAGAAAAGUAUUUACAGUUAAGAGGCAGAUGUGGCCGUUUAGAGGCUCACAGAUGCUUCUUGGGAUUUUUCAUUAUUCCAGAAGUUUUCCAUUCUGCAGGAGUCUCCAGAUCAAGGUUUUUCUUUUACAUAUAAAAAGGUUUAAAUUAAGGGACAGAUCAAAACUGUUGUGUGUCAUACCUUAAUAAUAUAGGGGGAAAAAUCCAAAUUCCAGUGACUUAUUCCAUAUAUAUAUAAAGGUUUGGUCUCAUUAAGGACCCACAUGAAGCUUUUAUAUACAUCAAACAUGUUCUGGUGCUGAUGUGUUAUUAUGGUUCAAGUUGAUGCACAAAUGCUGCCUAUUAAAAACUGUUAUUCUGAGUGUUGGUGCAGCAUAAACAUGUAAGAUCAGUGCACACAGGAGAGUUCAUCUGUAACAUAAAUGUGCAGCAACAAACUCAACUUUAGUUUUUUGUAGAUUUAUAACUGUGAUUUUAAUUGUGGCCACUGGGAGGCAGUAUUUAAUGUGGUAUUUCCCAUCAAUGACAGGUUUUCGAAUAUUGAUUGGCAUUAUGUUUAAGACACUGUUUGACAUUAUGAUUUCUUUUUUUUUUUUUUACCUGUAUGUAGUUUUUUUUGGUAGAUUUUACAUAUAAUUGAGAAUACUUUGAUGGAAAUGAGUUCACUGAGUUCUAUUACUGUUCCUGUUCCUGUUCAAAUGCUAAAUCUUUUACAUCAUCUGUCACAUCUUUUCAAACAAAUUCACUCCCAUGAAUUUUCAAAAUCUAUUAUCAUAAAAUACAUCACAUUAAUCUUGCAGUUCAAACACUGGCACAUUCAUGCUCAUAUUUAGUGUGUAAUUUCCUGCAUUGUACUCGAGCUACAGUGGUGAAAGUUUCCUAAAAACAGAUCAUCGGUUCUGGGAAUGAUUAAACUGAACAGGCCUCUCAUGCAGAAUGGUCACCUGGAAGGCAGAUGGCAGAGUUUCACCAGUGGGGUCUGCACCAUGCAAUAAGAUUUUUGCUUAAUUCAUAGACUGUUGCCUAUAAAGCCAGAAUAAAAUAGUUUGACCUCUUUUCAUGACAAUGUGAUUUAUUCUUGAUAAAGUAAAGCUGGGACUCAGU